AUGUCUGAUUUAACAAUUUGCACUCAUUCAGGUAGUUUUCAUGCUGAUGAAGCUUUAGCUUGUUAUUUAUUAAAAUUAUUACCAACAUAUAAAGAUUCAAAAAUUAUUAGAAGUAGAGAUAAAAGUGUAAUUGAAAAAUCAACAGUUGCAGUUGAUGUUGGAGCAGUUUAUAAUUUUGAAAAAUUAAGAUUUGAUCAUCAUCAAUCAGGAUUCACAGAAACAUUUGAUGAUAAACAUGAUAUUAAAUUAUCAAGUGCAGGUUUAAUUUAUAAACAUUAUGGUAAAGAUAUCAUUAAACAACGUUUAGAUACAAAUGAUUCAAUUACAGAAUUAUUAUAUCAAAAACUUUAUGAUAGUAUGAUUCAAGAAUUGGAUGGUGUUGAUAAUGGUGUUGAAAGAUAUCCAUCAGAUAUUAAACCAAGAUAUCAAUCUGGUUCAUCAAUUAGUGCUAGAGUUGGCCAUUUAAAUCAAGGUUGGAAUGAACCACAAGAUGAUGAAAUUGUAAAUAAACAAUUUGAGAAAGCAAUGGAAUUAAUGGGUCAAUACUUUUUAGAUCGUUUAGAUUAUUAUGGUAAAUCAUGGUUACCAUGUAGAUCAAUUGUUGAAAAUGCUUUAGAAAAUAGAAAACAAACUCAUUCAUCAGGUGAAAUUUUAAUUUUAGAUAUGUUUUGUCCAUGGAAAGAUCAUUUAUUCUCAUUAGAACAAGAAAAGGAUAUUAAAACUCCAAUUAAAUUUGUACUUUUUGAAGAUACAUCAGGUCAAUGGAGAGUAUCAGCAGUUGGUAUCAAUUUACAUUCAUUCACACUUCGUUUACCACUUCCAGAGGAAUGGAGAGGUAAAAGAGAUGAAGAAUUAUCUCAAAUUAGUGGUAUUGAAGGUUGUGUUUUUGCUCAUGCAAAUGGUUUCAUUGGUGGUAAUAAAACUAGAGAAGGUGCUUUAUUAAUGGCAAUUAAAACUUUAAAUCAAUCUCCAAAAACUUUACUUGAAUAA